AUGCCCCGCAUGCCCCUACCCCUUGCUAACGUCAGAACAGUUGCUGAGCGCCACAGCAACAGCAACGGCAACAGCAACGGCAACAGCAACAGCAACGGCAACAGCAGCGCCUGCAGCCCCAAGAUGGGCUCACGUCGCAUUUUCACGCCGCAGUUCAAGCUGCAGGUGCUUGAGUCGUAUCGCAACGACAACGACUGCAAGGGCAAUCAGCGUGCCACGGCGCGCAAGUACAACAUACAUCGCCGCCAGAUACAAAAGUGGCUGCAAUGCGAGCCCAACUUGCGCUCCUCGGUGGCCAACAAUCAGCACCAGCAGCAGCAUCAGCAGCAGCAGCAACAGCAGCAGCAGCAACAAUUGCAGCAGCAACAUCAUCAUCAUCAUCAGCAGCAGCAGCAGCAGCAGCAACAGUUGCAGUUGCAGCAGCAGCAACAGCAGCAGCCAGCGCCGGCGCCUUUGAAGCCGCAUCAGUUUCAUCAGCAUCUUUUGGCACAUCACCAUCACCAUCAUCAUCAUCAUCAUCCGCAUGGAGCAGCCGCCGCCGCCUCGAUGGCAGCAGCUGUUGCUGCCGCGCGUGCGCAUCAGUUGCUGACGAACGGCUUCGCCGCGCCGCAUACGCAUGCGCAUGCGCAUCAUGUGGCAGCAGCAGCGGCAGCGGCAGCAGCAGCAGCAGCGGCGGGCGCCUUGCCGCCGCUGCAGCACAGUAAUGGCACGACAGCAACAGUUGCUGGUGCAGCAACAACAGCAACAACAGCAGCAGCAGCGGCCGGCAGCAACAGCAACAACAGCUUGUCAGCGGCCAAAAUUGCCGCCGUUGUGGCAGCAUUUGCCAGCAACAGCAGCAGCAACAACAACAACAACAACAGCAGCAGCAGCAACAACAACAACAACAACAAUUGCCAACACAGCAGCAGCAGCAACAGUUGCAGCAGCGCCACAACGUUGCCAUAUUGCACAAUAACACAGCAGCAACAAGUGCCAAAUGCCGUGCCACUGAACAGCAGCCACAGCUGCAACAGCCAGCACAUUCCUCAGCCCGCAGCAACACAGCAGCAACAUGCCGCACAGCAACAGCAGCAGCAGCACCAGCAGCAGCCGCCGCCUUUGGUAUAUGGUUAUGCGCCUGCCGCCUAUUUGCCGCUGACCGCGCCCAUGGAUCUGUCGCUGAGCAGCGCGGCGCGGCGACAACGCGAGCAGCAGCAACAGUUGCAGCACGAGCAGCAGCAACAGUUGCCGCUGGGCUGUCGCAAGCGUGCGGCGCAAUCGCCCUGGCUGGGUGGCAGCACGCCGGCGGACAAGCUGAGCAAACUGGAGGCCAUCAAAUGCGAGCCCAGCGACAACGAGGCGGAGGACGAUGUGGACAUCGAUGUCGAUGUCGAGGCCGACACGGAGGCAGCAACUGUUGCUGAGCGCAAGCUGCCCGCCAAGCAGGUCAAGCUCUUCAAGCCCUAUCUGCUGGACGAGAGUGCGGCGGAGUCACAAUGGGUGCCGGAACCGGAACCGGAGCGGGAGCCGGAGCGGGAGCGGGAGCGUGAGCGGGAACAGCAACUGGAGCUGCGCGUUGAGGAUGAACGCGCCGCCGAUGCCGAUGAUGAGGAGCAUGCCACGCUCAAUGGCGGCAGCAAGAAGAAGAAGCGCGUAGCGCCCAAACAACGGGAGCCAAUCAUCUGGAGCAAUCAUCCCUUUGCCAGCGGCAGCAGCAGCAGCAGCUGCUUUCAGUCGCCGCCGCCGCCGCUGCUGAUGCCAUACGCUGCCGCUGCCGCCGCCGCCGCGCCGCUGCCGCCGUUUCACGCCGGGAGUCCUCAGCAGCAGCAGCAACAGCAGCAGCAGCAGCAGUUUCAAGGCGGCGGCAGCAACAGCAGCAGCAGCAGCAGCAACAGCAGCAAUUGCGGCGGCAGCAAGCCCGCCACGCCCACCAUUAAUGUGCUCAGCCCCUUCUCGGCGCCGGCGCUAUCGCCCAUCGGUUUCUGCUGCCCCAAAGGGUCGCCCGUUUCCGGCUACGAGAGCAGCUCCUCCACCUACAGCGACAGCCCCAGCGCCAGCUCCACGCACAGUUACAGCCUCAAUCUGCAGCUCCAUGCCGCCGUCUACAACGACAACUUGAUGCAACAGCAACAGCAACAACAGCAGCAGCAGCAGCAACAGCAGCAACAGCAACAGCAGCAACAGUUGCUGCAGCGCUGGCUGGAUCGGGAGGCGCUGGCACGCCUUAACUCGGCCGCAGCGGGCGGUGCGGCUGUUGUGGUCGCUGCCACGCCCACAAGCAGUACCAGGGCAGCGCCCAUAACGCUGCUGGCCUAAGCAAACGCAGCGGAAACAGUUGCUAAUCGAAGCGACAACAAUCACAACAACAACAACAACAAAAACCCACCUAAGGAGCGGGCGGCUGGAGGGAAGGAGGCGUGGCCUAGGGCCUUGUAAGUUAAUUAACGAAA